AUGGUGUUGCUAUGGGUGUUACUGAAUCUAAUAACUCCUGUUGCUAAUAGCUCUAAUUCUAUCCGCUGCCCUAGGAAUAAUCCUUUUCCUGUUCCACACGAGUGGUACCAGCCAGGUGAACUCAUCAUUGGGGGAGUUGUUUCUCAGAGCUAUUACGUUUUCUAUGAAGUUUUCUUUAAGGAACACCCAUCAAAGAACCUGUUUGAUGUUUCAUAUAUGGUGCCAAAAUUUUAUCAGCACGUCCUAACAUUGGCUUUUGCUGUCAAAGAAUUCAAUGAGAAUCCCAAAAUCUUGUCCAAUAUCUCACUUGGCUUCCACAUCUAUGACAGCUAUUAUGAUGCAAGGAUGACCUGCCGCACGACUCUAGAUCUCCUCUUCAAAAUGAGGACAUUUGUCCCCAACUACAAAUGUGACACCCAGAAAACCCUCAUAUCCACCAUUGGGGGACUUGGCCAUGAUACCACCUUCCAUAUGGCAGACACAUUAGGUCUCUACAAGAUUCCACAGUUUGCAUAUGGUUCAUAUCCCUCAGCAGAGAGUGAUACAAGUCAGGUUCCUUCUUUUUACCGCAUGGUGCCCAAUGAAGCCCACCAGUUUCUUGGGAUUAUCCGCUUGCUUAAGCAUUUUGGAUGGACAUGGAUCGGACUCUUUUCACUGAAUGACAACAGUGGGGAACAUUUCUUGCAGAACCUCGAACCAUUGCUUUCUGAAAAUGGAAUUUGUUCAGCCUUCACACAAAAAAUCCCAAAACAAGUCCACUAUGAUAAUGUGGAUGAAAUGCAUGAUAUAGCCUUGAAUAUCUAUGCACAAAUCAGAAAUAAUAAAGUCACUACAUUUAUUGUUUAUGGAGAAUCUCUGGCAAUUAUAGCACUGAGAAUUAUUAUAUUUCUGCCAGAUCCUACAAAUAAGAAAAACACAUCAUUUAAAAAGGUAUGGAUCUUUACAGCACAGACUGAUUUCAUAACUAUGGGUUUUAGUAAGGUUUGGAGUGUCCUGCUCUUCCAGGGUUCCCUUUCCUUCACAAUCCACUCACAAAAUCUUCCAGCAUUCAAGGAAUUUCUUCAGAACAUAAAGCCUUCCUUGACACAAGGAGAUGGUUUCAUCAAAGUCUUCUGGGAGCAAGCAUUUGACUGUGCAUUUCCAAAUCUUGAUGUGCCAAUGGAGUUCAGUGGCAUGUGUUCUGGAGAGGAGAGGUUGCAGAGUCUUCCAAGGUCUCUGUUUGAAAUGAGCAUGACUGGUCACAGCUACAGCAUCUAUAAUGGUGUCUAUGCUGUGGCUCAUGCCUUGCAUAACAUUUACUCACCCAGAUCCAAGCAGAGAGCAUGGACAGCGCCAAGGUCCUUCCUUCGAUUGAAGAUUGGAUGGGUUGAUUCUGAUGCAGCUGAUGGAAAAGAAUUCAUCAUUAAUGAGGACAUGAUUCUAUGGCACAAUGAUUUUAACCAGGUAAUGCCCAUUUCUGUGUGCAAUGACUACUGUCAUGAGGGCUAUCAGAAGAAAAGUAAGGAAGGACAGAAAUUUUGCUGCUAUGAUUGUACUCCAUGUCCAGAAGGGAAGAUUUCAAACCAGAAUGAUACGGCUGACUGCUUCAGAUGCCCAGAAGAUCAGUAUGCAAACAAGAAGAAAAAUGGAUGCAUCCCUAAAAGUAUCAACUUUCUUUCAUAUGAAGAACCUUUAGGGAUCAUUUUGGCCUCACUUUCUCUUUCUUUUUUCCUGAUCACAAUUUUGGUGCUUGCAGCGUUUAUUCAACACAAAGACACUCCAAUUGUCAAAGCCAACAACAGGGAUCUCACCUACGCUCUCCUCAUCGCCCUCCAAUUCUGCUUCCUUUCAUCUCUUCUAUUCAUUGGACACCCUGGCAAAAUGACCUGCCUUUUUCGCCAAACAACUUUCGGCAUUGUCUUCUCUGUGGCUGUUUCCUGUGUGUUGGCCAAAACUAUCACGGUAGUUGCAGCUUUCAUGGCCACCAAGCCUGGGUCCAGUAUGAGGAAGUGGGUAGGGAAAAAACUGUCCAACUUUGUUGUCCUUUCCUGCUCCCUCGUUCAAGCGAUUAUUUGUCCUGGGUGGUUGAUGACCUCUUCCCCAUUUCCAGAUCAAGACAUGCACUCGGUAAUGAAAGAAAUCAUUGUGCAAUGUAAUGAAGGUUCAGUGACCAUGUUUUACUGUGUCCUCGGCUACAUGGGCCUCCUGGCCAUUGCUAGCUUCAUUGUGGCAUUUUCAGCUCGCAAAUUACCUGACAGCUUUAAUGAAGCCAAAUUCAUUACCUUCAGCAUGUUGCUGUUUUGCAGUGUUUGGCUGUCUUUUGUCCCAACAUACCUGAGCACCAAAGGGAAAUCCAUGGUGGUGGUGGAGAUCUUCUCCAUCUUGUCCUCCAGUGCUGGAUUGUUGGUCUGCAUCUUUGCCCCUAAAUGCUACAUCAUUGUUCUGAAGCCAGAGCUGAACAACAGGGAGCAAAUGAUAAGGAGAAGGAUGUAA